AUGAUCACAAUUGAAGAUCGCCCAACUAAGGUAAACCAACUGAUUGCUCUUGUUCGUUAUGUCAAGAAUGAAGAAGUAUUAGAACACAUUCUAUUUUGUGAACCACUAAAGACCACCACAAAAGACCAAAACGUGUUCGCCCUCAUAAAAGAAUUUUUCUUAAAAGAUGGAUUGGAUAUGAACAUCGUUGGUUCCAUAUGUACAGAUGGCGCUCCUGCUAUGCUAGGAAAUCAGUCUAGAUUUGCAGCUCUCAUAAAACGGGAAAUUCCUGAAGUCCGUGUCACACACUACCUGCUUCAUCGGUAUGCAUUAGCAGCAAAGAGUUUACCAAAAAGUCUGCAAGACGUUUUGUCAACAUGUGUGAAAAUUGUUAACGUAAUUGGAGGACGUUCACUGAACCAUCGUUUAUUUCAAGCGUUUUGUAAAAGCAUGGAUUCUGAACACACGGUUCUACUGUACCACACGGAUGUGAAAUGGCUAUCCCGUGGACGUGUCUUGCAGCGUAUAUUUGAGCUUCGUGAGGAGAUCAAGACAUUUUUAAAGGAUCAAAAGAAAUUUGGAAGCCAGCGACCGCUGAAUAAGGAACCCGAUUCUGUUUCAGUUAAGCCUGAAGUUAUGCCUGACGAAUAUCCUUUCAAGGAGGGAAUAAUUGACAUGCAAAAUGAUCAUGCUUCAAAAAUGGAGUUCGAAGUGAAGAAAAUUUUUGGGCAUCACAAAUAA